AUGACGGAGAAAAUUGAUACCUAUGAGAAUAGAAUACUUGAUAAUAAGAAAGAACUUCGUGAUGAUGACGAUAUAAGCUUCGAUGAAUUAAUGGAUGACUUAGAUGAUGAAAACAUUUUUAGCAAAUAUAGAGAGCAAAGAAUGCAAGAAAUAUCAGAUCACUUAAAAACGGUGAAGAAAAAUGUGAAUGAUAAUGGAUAUGGCGAUUUAAUCGAAGUUAAAAAUGAAUCAGAAUUGAUCAAAAUGUCUACAAAUGUUCCGAAGAUUAUAAUUCAUUUUGGUUUAGAUACUUUUGCCAAAUGUCGAUAUAUGGAUGAUAAAUUAAAACAAUUAUCGAGGAAAUACUUAAAUACCAAGUUCGUCAAGGUAAGUGUAACGUUGUGUCCUUUUUUGGUAGAAAAGCUACAAAUAAAAACCCUUCCAUUUGUUGUUGGUUAUAUUAAAGGCCUUGAAGCAGGAAGAUUGAUCGGAUUUAGUAAGUUGGGUAAUGAUCCAAAUGGUUUCCCUAUAGAAAAUCUAGAAAAGUUUUUCUUAUCAACAAGAGUUAUUGAAUCGUUUUCAGGAACGACUAUCAAACAGGAUGCACGUAAAAUUGGAAGUUCAGGAAGAUAUCAGAGGACUGCCGAUGACGAAGAUGCUAGUGAUAGUUCUUUAGAUAUAUAA